AUGCUGCUGCUAAACGUGGUCUUGAGCCUGCCGUCGCGAGUCUCUUUACGCGAAAUCCUCUUGGAGGUUAUUUCUAUAUGGAAAACAAGUUUUGGGGUUAGUCCGUUUACUGUCGCUCAGCAGCAGCACAGUAUGCCUAUGAAAUCAUCGCAUCCGCCUUCUUCAUAUGUGCCACCCUCAGCCACACAUGAGCGAACAUCAAGUCGUGGAAAGGAUAUGAGCUGGCGCAAGCCAGUUCCCCAGUUCAUACCCUCUCCUCCACCGUCGCCGCCUCCCUCUUCUCCCGCAAACCGACCCCUGCCACUUACAGGGACAUCCCAUGAAGAUAUACCUCCUCUCCCUGUUGACUGGCGCGAAGCCAUUGAACGGGCUCUGACUAAAGACCGAUGGCAUAAGAGCGACCCCAUGGUCGCGUACGGUGGCGGCUGGGACGCCAGCGUCGGUGACGUGUGGACACGGCCUACCUCGCCCACGCCCGACCCUCGAUGGGAGUUUGAUUCCACAGGAUUCACAUCCGCUUCCGCAUCGACGCUGGAUUUUCGUCGACAUCUCGCGGACAGAACGAAUAGACGCAUAAGUAUUUAUCAACACGAGGAGCGCAGCCGUGAUGGACUGCCGCCCCGACCACAUACAGCUUCGACGCCACAGAGGGAACCGGCGAGAGGUCAUAAGCACUUGCAUCGUAUGUAUCGCCCCCCAACUCCGCCGCUCCCUACACACUACAGGAAACGUCGCCUACAAGACGAGAACGACCAUGUACCUGUGCCGCUAGUGGAGCCGUACCGUACGGUAUACCCUGACACACCUACAGCCUGGGGUCACCGGGACACUGUGGUCCUCCGCUCUUUCCCUCCCUCCACAGUCAACCUUUCAUAUGCUACUCUACCCCGAACUCAGUCUAUUGCGGGCUGGGAUGUUCCGGUGCUUCCCGUGGUUCUACCUGGCCCGAGCCCUCUCAAGAAAUCCAAGUCGAGCCUAUCACUGACGAAGACUGUCGUACGUCGCGAUGCAGUCAAGUCCUCUGCUCCUUGGUGGUCUAACUUACUUUGUGUGCCGCGCAAAGGCUCGGACCGCUCGAAAUAUAAUCCACCGCAGGCGAAACAGAUCGACCUACCCGGGCUCCCGCCCGUGAACCGCAAGCGGCUCUCAAAGGCGUCCACCGUCACCUUGAUUGACAACCCCCACUCCACACCUUUACUGGCUAUGUUGUCCCUGUGGAAUCGGUUCAGACGCUGGGGUCAGACCUGGAUGGUCAAGGAGUAA